AUGAUUGAUGGUCAUCAUAUACAACCAAAAUAUUCCACCAACUAUGCGGAACUUCCAACUUCUCACAAUAAAGAACCUUCUCAAUGGCUACCUAAACUGGACGAUGUCCCACUUUUAGAAAUCGAGAAUCAUGCAAAUAAUGACAACCUUUCAGAGCUUCCCAAAAGGGAAAACGAAGCACUGGAAACACGUGUCAAUGCAUACGAUAAUAAUGAUGUGGUUUCCGAAGAAGAGAUCACGGAACAAGAAUUAUUCAAUAAAAUUAAUGAGAUUAUGAAACAGGAAUACGGAAAAGCAAAUAAAUCGCAUGUCAAUGAACCAUAUCAAUUUUUGCCUCGCGAUUAUAUAGAACGCGUUCGUCAAUCAGAUGAAUUUCAAGGAUAUGAAAAACGUGCACCGUUUAACCAUCCUCGUUGCAGAAAGUGUGAGAACGUGAACAGACAUCGUGGCAAAUUUUCGCGUAUGAGAUACGUGACAAUUACAGACGAUCCAAUUCGCGAGAAUGAACUUAAACCUUUGAUACGUAAUCAAUUCACGACAUCAGAGAACAUGCAAUGCGAUGAACAAACAAGUGGACACGGGAAUGGCGUUUAUAAUCCCACGUGCUUGAAUGGUGGGAGCACAAUUAAAGCGGCGUCAUUGGAAUAUUGGGGAGAUCAUUCCAUUGAUAGCGUUGAACAUUCUUUGACGCAAUCAAAUGAGUCGGUGAAUUGGUUUCAAAACUUUAAUCAACUUCAUUUGCUUAGAAAUAACACAACUAGUCCUAAUCUGAGACAACGUAAUCGUAAUGUGAAAUUUUUUAUUUAA